CGCUGCACUCUCUCUCUCUCUCUAGAAAUGGUGCUCUGUAGUCUUUAUUCUACAAUGGAAAGCUGCGUUGGGAACAAGAGAAGCCGGGAAACCUCGCCGGAAGAGUCGCCUGAGGCAAAGCGUCUUCAUGCUGAUCUGAUCUAUGGUAUUCUCGAAGAAGACGAUGUCGAUGUGGAAAAUCGGGAAGCGGCGAGCUUGGAUUUGGCGACUGUGAUGAAAAGCCUCGAAGAGGAGAUCGCCUUGCCGCCGGAGGAGAACGGUGAAGCCAGCCAGGUAGAAAUCGAGUACUUGCUUGAGGCGUCGGACGACGAUCUAGGUCUGCCGCCGCCACCAGCUGCGGAGCUGUGGACGGAGGAGGAAGUUGAGCCGGCGGAGGGGUUUGGUCAGAUCUGGGGGUUUGAAGAGGAGGAAAUGGCGGUUUGUUAUGAAGACUUGAUGGAACUCGGUGUUCCGGCGGAGGCUUUUGGUCCGGCGGAUGACGAUGUGGCCCCAUCAGCCGCCGACGGCGGGAUUUUUAACUCUUCUGAUUUCUACUGGCGGCCGGAGUCGAUGCCGGCCCAGUGAGUGGAGAUUUUUUUUUUUGAAUUAAUUUUAACUCGAACAAUAUUGGCGGAGAUGGAAAGGGUAAAUUGCAGAAAAGGGCUUAAUUAAGUCUUUAAUUACACAAACGAUUAAGUAUCAUAUUGCAAAAUGAGUAAAAGAGUCGUUCUUUAUAACAAA